GGUGCAAAAUUCGUAUUUAUAUCUUUAUCCAGUUCUUCACAAAAAAUUUCUAAAAAAGCCAAAAAACGGCCUUUACACGGGAUGACCCCCUUAAGUUAUCUUCGCUUGCUGGUGCGUCUAAUAUUCGCGUAUAUUUCUCGUUUUCUGACAUCCUCUGGUCUACUUCACGAUCAUUGGCAAUUCCUUCUUGCUCGAAAGCAUGCAGCCCGCAAUUCCGCAACUUGCUUGUUCCACCAAUAGUUCAACCGCUUUCAAACGUUUUUACUGGGCAAACCUGAUUUCUAGCUUCACGAGAACACACAGCGUCACUUGCCUAUUUUGAACCUAGAGGAAAAUUGUCUGGUGGUAACUAUCAGUGUAGUACAAACCUCGCCAGUGUCGAACUCACAUAUGUCAAAUCAACUGUUGAGUUCGAACUUGUUCCCCGAAAACACAUUUGAUUUAUUUGUAAGAACCAAGUCUAACUCCGCGAAAGCCUCGAGCAAAAUACUACCCCUGGUAUUCGCAGACGUUGACACCACCACCUAUGACUUUGGGGCUCGUACUUUUUACAUCCUAAACUAGCACACCUAGUAUUUCCUCAUAUUGUGCAAUCACCGUGGUGGAGCAUAGCAAUUCUAUAUGUAAAUACCAGCUAUUUUUGCUCUAACGAAGCCAACUCCCUGAAACUUCAUCACUUCUUGGAUGGCUUGAUUUCCACACGUCCAUAUUGCCAGCUUGCAGGUUAGAUCCCACGUCAACUGUUAUUGUGAUAAAGUUCACUGAUUAUAGGCACAUCGGCCCCCUUCUCAUAGAUAGUCUAUAAUUUGUAUCAAGCUCAUUUGUUCAUUGUAUCUAGAGCUCUCUUAAAUGCUAGGCAUCUACUGCCGCAUGCGAUGUGUAUGACCUUCUCCUUCACAUUGUUUUGCAGGAAACCACCCUCUCCACAAUUUUGCAGCUCUUUAUUGGUGCUUAGUCUUCCUAACAUCUCAGAUCUCAGAUUUAGAAGAAGACGUGUUCUAAUGUUUCCCCAUAGGGGUCCAGACCAGCCAUUUAUAUGUGUAAAAUGUUCUGAAACAUUUCGUUAUCACUGGACCUUUUCGACCCUACCUUUAAUUUAAUAAAAUUAAUUCUAUAACUUCUAGUCUAUCGCACUAUUGUUUUGGCUUUAUAAGAUAAUAAUCAUCAUAACAAGCAUCUGAACUGAGCAAUUAAUAUUUUAGAGCCUUGACAUGAUUAAGAUUAUUUCUAGCGAAGUUAUUAAUGAAUAGCGUGACUUGUGCGUAUUAAAUCGGAAAAAAAUAAGGAGAAAAUAUAAACAAAUAAAACAGUGAAUUCUCAUCAUUCUGUAUAAUAACAUCAACAAUAAGGGGGUGUAAUGGUAAUACCAUAAAUCUGUAACGUUUGUUAUAUCUAAGAUUGCUAAAUAUGUGACGAAAAAACUUAAAAGUGCAAUCAUAAUAAAGAUAAUAUACACUGAAUGUUAUAGGUACUUUGAUAAUACCAUUCUAAAUCCUGUGUUUACCUUAUCAGUAGCCGUUUAAAUAUUAAAAAUGAUUUUGGCUAUAAUUUUGGUUAUUGUUUCGGCUUUAUUACUUGACUACUUGGCGAAAAGGCGGAGAUAUAAUCUGACGAAAACUAUCCCAGGACCGCCAAUUUUCCCAUUUGUCGGCAGUUUAUUGUUUCUGACACAGAGAAAUAUUCACGAUGCUGUCAACAAUAUUAUUCAUUACACGACACUCUAUGGUCCUUUGGUACGCGUCUGGGGAGCUAAUCAGUUGAUGGUAGUUUCCAUCAACCCCAAAGAUUUGGAGAUUAUCAUGAGCAGUCCAAAAUUUAUAACGAAAGGGACCAUGUAUAACCUGAUGAAAGCCUGGCUCGGAGAUGGUUUGCUCCUGAGUAGCGGACAUAAAUGGCAUCAACGCCGGAAAAUUAUAACGCCCACGUUUCACUUCAAAAUCUUAGAACAAUUUGUUGAAGUUUUCGACCAGCAAAGCAAAGUUUUAGUGGAUGAGUUGCGGAUUCAUGCAAGCGGAAGAUCAUUUGACAUACAUCCCUAUAUAACGGCCGCAGCAUUGGAUGUGAUCGCAGAAACCGCGAUGAGCACCAAGCUGCAAGCCCAAUCUAAUCCUAACUCUGAAUAUGUACGAGCGGUUGCUGACAUCACAGAAAUUCUAAUCACUCGAAUGGCCAACAUCUUCUUUAAGUUCGAUAUCAUCUUUAAACUCUUCGCGCCGGAUCUAUUGAAACGCCAAGAAAAAGCUGGCAAAAUUCUCCACAACUUUACUGAAAAAAUAAUCCAACAACGACGCCAAUCAUUGCUAGAACAAAAUGGAAAUAUUCACAUGAAGGAAGCUGAAGAUGACAUCGGUCUGAAAAGACGAACAACGUUCCUUGACCUCUUACUUGAGUCCACUAUUGAUGGGAGACCACUGACUGGGGUCGAAAUUCGAGAAGAAGUUGAUACAUUCAUGUUUGAAGGACAUGACACAACGACAGCUGGAAUCGCAUUCACUCUUUAUUGUAUUUCACGACAUGCAGACGUGCAGGAGAAAAUUUUCGCAGAAAUUCGUCAAAUUUGUGGGGAUGAUAAGGAUGAACCAGUUAACUUGAGGAAGCUACAGGAAAUGAAGUAUCUGGAGUUGGUUAUUAAAGAAUCAUUGAGACUAUUUCCGCCGGUACCUAUGAUUGAGAGAUCAACAGUGGAAGAUACAAACCUUUAUGGCCGCACCAUUCCAACUGGAACCGAUAUUAUCAUCCCAAUUUUCGUUGUUUCCAAAAAUCCAGACGCUUUUCCUGAACCUGAAGUAUUUCGUCCUGAAAGGCACGCAUUGGAGAAUCUUGAAGAUAAGGAACCAUGUCCUUUUGCUUAUAUACCAUUCAGUGCUGGACCGCGAAAUUGUAUAGGUCAAAAAUUUGCAAUGUUGGAGCUGAAAAGCACAGUUUCGAAGAUUCUUAGGUACUACGAAUUGUUACCUCUGGGUGAAGAGCCUCAAGUUGAAAUGAAUAUAAUAAUGAGGUCGAAAAAUGGAGUCCAGUUGGGACUUAAGCCGAGGAUAUAUUAGAGAUAAUGUGAUAUCCUCAUUUAAGGGAAACAAUUUUAGUAGUAUGAGCUUUAUUAGGGGAUUUAAUAUAUUUUUUUCUAAAACAA